GCUCGACUAAGUGCAAUACGUCGCGGAUGUUGACUCAUCGCGUGGAGAGAGCGAGAGGUGCUCUCAGUCACGGCACCUUGUGCCAUCGCCAAUCCACCAACCUUGAGCUGGCCCUAGCUUCCCUCUGGCCCCCAUUACCCUCCGAGGACUCAUAGCUGUCUUCACCUGUGCGGCGAUUUUUUUUUGUCCUUCCCGCAUUGCAAGGUCGCAUUAUUUUUUCGUACCGACCCCUCGUGCUGGUCGUCGUCAAGUCUUCCCCACGACGUGACGGAUCCGAGCGUUCCACGUUUGUCGUUGCGUUUCAGCUGAACUUGGGAGACAGGUGCUGCGGGAAGCAUUGCGGAUUCACAAUCAAAGGUUAAUGCUCAGAAUAACUGGACACUUGGUAUCGCUCUUGGUUGGAACGUUACGGCGGCCUCACUUGGGAAACCCUUAUGACAGAGUAUCGUAUGUUGAGGUUGGUGCAGGGUGAGAUACUGAAUAUUAUCUAGUGUUUGAAAAGGAUUUGGGUUAGUUAUCACCUCCUUUGGAUUGUGAAAGGAGCUCAAGAGUGCGUUGUAGUCUCUCAUGAUGGACAGCGAACCAGAUGAAAUGCGAAGUUUAGGGGUGGUAGGAAUCUGCAAGGAAGCGUACAACAUUUUGCAAGUGCACUUACGUCUCUUCCUCUCCUUAUCCCUGACCCUGGUGCUACCUUUGGGGGCCGUUAUUUUCUGUCACGACCUGAUUACCCAUCCAUUAUGGAGAAAGAUUCACUGGGACUCGGAAAAGCUCGGCACGGAACAGAUGGGUUCAGCCGCAAGGGCUCAAACCCAAAGCAGUCUAGACUCUGAACUUUUCGGCCUCGGCGUGAUUACAGUAAUCUACGUAAUAUUCAUCCUUGCUUUCUCUCUUCUCUCAACUGCCGCGAUUGUUUACAGUGUGGCCAGCAUCUACACAGGCAAAGGUUUAUCCUAUGUGAAGGUGAUCAGCGUGGUUCCCAAGGUUUGGAAGCGGCUGUUUUUCACCUUCGUCUGGGCUCAUAUUCUAAUUUUUUUGUACUACGUCGCAUUGUUCGUCGUCAUCUUCCUCCUCCUAGCAUUACAAAGCGCUACUGGCAUGAACGUGUUGUUUCUCGGCAUCCCAGUGCUAAUCGUCUUCUACACUUUUCUGUUCUACUUCAACGUGGUGUGGCAUCUGGCUAGUGUUGUGUCCGUUUUAGAGGACAGCUAUGGCAUUAACGCGCUGAAGAAGAGCACCGAGCUCAUCAAAGGCAAGAGAUGGGUGGGAUGCUGCGUGUUCCUCAUUUAUACGGUGUGCACCUUCGUCGUCCUAUUCAUGUACAACGUGACGGUGAGGUCGCAUCACCAUGUGCACAGCCUUUUUGGCAGAGUCUUCUUCGGAUUGGUGCUCUUGCUGCUGUGGACGGCUGUGACUCUGAUCGGUAUAUUGGUGCAAACUGUUGUUUACUUCGUGUGCAAGUCCUAUCACCACGAGAGCAUUGAUCGGUACGCACUUUCGGAGCACCUGGACGGCUAUUUGGGAGAGUACAUGCCACUGAAGGGCCCUGUUUCCCUGGAAGCCCUAGAAGCUGAGCUCGAGGAGAUUUAGCAGCUGCCUCAUUUUCUAGGAGAUUAAGAUUUGGAUUGAGGUACUAUUUUGGCGAUUCGUCAAGCACGGUGGUCUGCCUGCUGCAGAAUUAGCUUUAGACAGGGAUUACAUUCUAGACUGUAUUGUAAAUGUGAGGCUUAGCAUUUGUUUCGAUUAUGCAAUUGUAAAUGGAAGCUGUGCUUUAGCGGCUCUGUCUACUCAAUGCAUCCAAUUGUCCUUCUUUCAAUUGUACCGUUUGACUAAAACACUCAUUGAUAAUUUAGCAGUGUACCUCCCGAAUA